CUAGUCCUCGUGUAGGACUGUCGAAUAAUCUAAUCGUGAAUUAUGCUCGUACAUGAGUGAAAAAAGGGACCAAUAUCGAUGCUAGGUAACAGCAUGAUCGAUACUUCUCCCUUCUAGAGGGUCGUGCUAAGAUAAGCGCGUGACAGGUAGCUCUUCGCACGACCACCUAAGAGUAGCGAGUGACAGGAUCUAGAGAUUGAGAUGGAACAUGAAAAAAUGAGGAUUUACUUCGAGUGGUGUUCAACCAGAGAGAAUCUAUCUUUGGUUCAUACAAGAAUGAGCAGAUCAAAAAAAAGGAUCGCCCGAUCAAGCGUGAAUAAUUGUGCGAUUUUCUAAAAAUAUGAUCUAUCUUAUCCAUAAGUCUAAUGUAUGCUUGGGACUAUUCUACUUCUAUUUUUCUACUUGUAAAACCUUAUCGAAAAUGCAAGAGGAUCCCGAUCCAGGUACAACAGACCUGUUUUUUUGUAGUUAUCGCGCGAUACUGUCGUGAUACAGUAUAUUUGAUUGGACAAAAUUCGGCUGAUUGCUGAAUACCUAAACUGUUUUUUUUGGCCCUUACCUUAUUAGUUUGUUUCCUACAAGCUGCCUGCCUCCUUAAGGUGGCGUUUUACUUAAUAGUUUCGAAUCUUUUGGCUUUUUUCUUAUAAUAUAACUAUACUAAUCCAUCCCCUCUUGUUUUUACAUUCAGAUUAUUGUCACUAACCUCGUCUUGAUUUCGUAGUUAGUAUUAUGUGCCAGCGGAGGACGAGGCAGCAAGUAUAGUUGUCUAUCGUUCACUUGUUACAGUUAACCGUCACCUGGACUACACUUGUAUCGACCUUGACCUUAACCUUGACCUUCCACCUGACGACCUUCACCUGCACCGACGCCGCGAUGUCGACAACAAGAGAGGAGCUAGAAGCCGACCUUGCCGUAGGCGCCAAGAGGUGGGCUUCGGCUUUGUACAAUGCGCAGGGUUUGUGCGCACCCAUGCGAUUUGUUCCCUUGACAGACGAGAUGAUGCAGUGCAUUCUGACACUCGCGGAGGCGGCAGACGACUGGGAAUUCGACGAUCCUAGUAGGAACGUGGAAGACAAACUACGACUUUUGUUAUCUGCAACCAGUGGGGAGGGGCCACGAGGAGAAGACGGAGAAGUGGAGGAAGAAGAGAGAAGGCGUGAAGAACGAGAUGAAGAACUACGCAAGAGGCGGGAAGAGGAUGCAGAGCAGAGUGAUGAUGAUGUCCUAGACUUCGACCCAUCUUCAGUGGACGAUGCUGCUGCAGGUCUCAAAGCCACGCUGCUACCGCAGAUGGAAUGUGUAUUCGAAGACUUUGGACCACACGGCUGCUUUGUCAAAACCCAUUGCCGCUCAGCGAAAGAUACUGUUUUCGAUGUACCGAAUGAAAGACUCUUGAAGAAAUGGAGUGCUUUACUAGAGGGCUGGGAUCAAGAUCCUCACCUGGUUGUAGACCACAGAAUUCUUGGAGACGAUUCAUCCUCGUGUAGUCCCGAUAUGUUGAACCCAGGUUUGCUAAGGAAGGUGCCAGCUUUCCGUGCGCAGUAUGCCUGCAACAGUUUCCUAGAAGCCGGGACAGAAGCCAUGCGGUCGACCGAUUCAGUGGACAGCUUGAUUAGUUUCAUUCGCAGUACCCGUGUUUGUCGGGACCUUUCCAGGGCGUUGGAAGGAACCACGAACAAGCAGGAGAAGAGCCUUGGAGAAGAGCCUUAUGUAGUGAUUCAACCAUGGCGUGUCUCGUGUCUCCCUGAGUCCGAGUUCCGCUGUUUUGUCCGCGGAGGCGAGAUCCGUGCAGUUUCGCAGUAUUUCUACUACUGUUUUUAUCCAGAACUAGUGUUACUAAAGGCAGAAAUAUUAUCCACAAUUCAGUCCGCUUGGACGCAGGAAAUAUGGCCUGUGCUGAGAACAAGUCUUCGUCUGCCAGCGGGUGAGGGGAAUGCUGCUGUGGACACCUUCAUCGUGGACUUGUCAGUGGAUUUUGCAGGUCGUGGAAUGAAGAAUAGUCCUUGUAAAGAACCUAGGAAGGGGCACCAGAGAUGCCAUGAUGGUGAUGAUAGGAUGUUGGAGGCAGCUAAAAGUAAGACUACGAGGACUGGCACCGUUUUUCCAGUCUAUGUUAUCGAGCUCAACCCAUGGCGUGCCUCAACGUCAGCAUGCCUCUUUGACUGGGUGAAAGAUGCAGAGCUUUUAGCGGGUAUAGGAAAACUACACGAAGGACCAGGACCUCUACAACCACAAGAACAGCAAAACAAGAAUAUAGAAUUUCGUAUCGUACAGCAGCCACUUAGUGACCCAUUGCACACGAUGGUGCCUGCGUAUCGGAGGAUCGCAGAUGCGUGGGUGUCCCAUGGGAUACUUCCAAAAACAGAAAAAAUUGGUUCAUGAAUCUCGCAUUG